AUGAGUACGCUCAGUGCCAAUUUAUGGCUGGAGAACGGGCAUUGCGACGACUCGGGCGUGUGCAGCGACAAGAAUUCACCACCCCGCUACACGAACUCAUACGAAAUAGGUGGAAGUAAGUGUUUUACAUUCUGCUUUAUUAGAAACCGGUUUAAGAUUGUAGUGUAAUGCGAUUUUAAGCGGCUAAAUUCGCUGUUAUUCCGAGUUUUUGGCCUCUUUUUUGAAUAUAAACGGCUUCAAAUUAAUAUUUCCAAAAUGAAAAGUUUUGUAGUUUUGUCGUCAUUAGGCUUAAAGUGUUUUUAAUUUAUUGGGUAAUUAGUUUUUUUUAAUUUUUUUGGCCUUGUUUUAAGAGUUUAAGUCUAAACGUUUUUUAAUACUAAAAUUGAUUUUUUAACCUUAAAAGCCAUCCUAAGCCUAAAUUUAUUCUUAAGCCUAAAAGUAUUUUUUAUUUUACUUCUUUUCGCCAAAACAAUUUUUCGUAUUUUAACGACUUGUUACUUAAUUUCUCGACGAGUACGACCCAUUAGUUUUUGACAUAAUGUCCUAAUUAGGGAUUUUUCGCAUAACCAGUGUGUUUUACACAAAACGUUGCCAGAGGCUACAAAAUGCGUUAAUUUUUAAAAAAAUAAAACAAAAUUUCAAAAAAACAACAAAUGAAAUGUAUGUUCGACUAUCUUAUGAACAAUGUAAUGUAAUCUUGAAGUUUUAAAAAUUGUAGUUUUGACGUUUUUUUAAUUUUGGUUUUUUAUUUUUUUGGCAAAGUUAAGGAGAUUAGGUUAGGCUUUGGGAUUGAAUAGUUUUGGAUUUAAAAAAUGUUUUUAAUGGGGGGGGGGGGUUGUAUUUUUUUCAAGCAAUCUUUAUGACAAUCAUAGUCUUAUCUACCCCAAAUCUGUAAAAAAUAUAAAAAAACUCAGCCACAACCACACGAUUCGAGAUCAGAAGCCUCGAGGCCGCGUAUCUUGCGAAACCGAGAAUUUUGUUCGAAUUUUGACGUAAGCGAUAAGACGGGCCCUCGGCCUUAUCGGCCCCGCUAUUUUUGCACACAGCUUAUCAGCGCGAAACUCCUGGAAUUCCAAUCUUAUCAAGGGCGAGAAGAAGCACAGCGAUCUGACCAUUCCCCUCCCUCGCCGCCUUUUCGAAACAUUUUCCGCUUUUCAACACGGUUUUUGGUGGGGCUGGGCCGGGCUAUUUUGGGGUAUUUUGGGCAUAGUAGGGUGUUUUUUGGGUGGUUUUUAAAAUUGCUGUGUUUUGGAACAUACAAUUUGAUUUAGUGGUUUUUUUUGGCAUAGGGGGGGGGGAGGUUUUGAUUAAAAUAUCUGACAUUGGUACGUCUAAAUUUUUAAAUUUUGGCUGAAAAUUGAAAAAUUAAGCUUUAAAUUUGAUGCUGGAUGUAACAUAUUGCGUUUAUGUUACAAAUUUUAGUCUUACUUUUGAAUAUUAGGCUCUGAACGUAAAUUUAGGCUUAAGACAUUUUACGCUUAAAAGUUGACUAGUAGGUUUAAAAUCUAUGUUUAAGCUUAGAACCAAAUUUACAAAAUUUAUUUAAAUUUUAGGCUUUUUUAAAUUAUUUUAAAGCCUAAGGGUAUAUUUCAAGCUUUUAAAUAAAUUUUUAAAGCAAAAAAAUUAAAUUAUUAUUUGCCGACAUAAAGAAACCGCCAUUUUUUACAAGAAAUUAUAGGAAAAGUAUGGCGGGUUCUUUAUGUCGGCACCUAAAAAUUAGGCACAAAAGUAACUUUUAGGUUUAUAUUGUUACCUAAUUGUGAUCUUUCAAUCGUUUUUUCUUUUUUUAAACUAUUUUUAAUAUUGUUUUCAUAAUUUGAUCUAUUUUCAGAAACCGAGCCUAUGACGGCGCUGUGUGCGUUUUGCAAUAAAAGUACGUUUUUCGCAAAGUUUUGCACUGAUAAAAAGUUUAUUGACAUUUGGUUGAGUCUAGACUAUGAUUUGUUGUUUUUUCAGUUAUCUCCGACCGGUAUAUUUUGCGAAUCGAGCCCAACAUCGAAUUUCACAUCAACUGUUUGAAGGUGGGUUUGGGCUUUGUUGGCUUAGCUUGUUAGGCUUAAAAGUAGGGUUAUUCUGGAAUAAGCAGGUUCAAGGGUAGGGUAGGGUAGGGUAGAGUAGGGUAGGGUAGGGUAGGGUAGGGUAGGGUAGGGUAGGGUAGGGUAGGGUAGGGUAGGGUAGGGUUGGGUAAAGUAGAGUAAAGUAGUGUAAAGACCGUAGUGAUAUAGUACUAAUUUUAAUCUUACAGUACUUUAAACCAUUUCGUAUAAAAAUACCGUGGUUUUGUUAAAAUUUUACAAUUUUCCGGUUGUUUUUGGCCCGUUUUGACCCUCUGGAAAAACAAUAAAUAAACAAUAAAUUUGUGGUAGAGCCAAGUCAUUCGACCGGAAAUCCCGUUUCGAAUCAGGCACGGUUCGGCGUUCGAUAAAAUUGCCCUGCCGUCUAUGAUUUUGCGUUUUAUUUUCGUGCUAGGAAGGGAUUUUGUUUACAGCAUUUUUUACUAAAUUCAAAAAAAAUUAUUUUUUGCAAAAACUUUCAUUACAAAAUUAUUUUUGUGAACCGCAAGAACUUUCUUUACAAACUUGUUUUUAUAACCGCAAGAAACUUUCUUUACAAGAUUGUUUUAUAAACUGCAAAAACUUUCUUUACAACGUUGUUUUUGUAAACCGCAAGAACUUUCUUUACAAAAUAAUCUUUUAAUUUAGUGUUGUGAAGGUUUAUAUAAUAUAAUAAUAUUGUAAAUUUGCAGUGCGUGGAAUGCCAACGCUCCUUGGACGAGAAUUGCUCAGUGUUUGUACGAAACGGAAGGACGUACUGUCGCGAUGACUAUGUUAGGUAGGUUUACCUUAACUUUUUUGACAUUUUUUGCUGAUUUACUAGCCUAAACUUUAGUUUUUCAUUCCUCCCUUCAGUAACUUACCUUUUCACCCCUACCAAAACACGUUUCUCUUUACUCUCUUAAAAUUACCCACUAUUUCCUACCUCUUUCUCUUCUGUUCUCAAAAACCCAUGCUAUUUCGGCCGAACGCGCGCAAUUGGCCCAAACCACGAGAGGCUUUUAGAAAAUUAAAACUGAAGAAUCUGGGCACGAAAAUCGGCUAAACCAAAGCGGAUCAUUUUUCAGGAUGUCAGGGCGCGGUUAAUCUCUUAAAUACACCCCCACGAAAACUGUAGCACAUCGUUUAUGAUAAUAUCAAAUUAUACAUGGCAUAAGACGGAGGGGGGGGAUAUAAAUGGUGUAAGAAGGGGGGGGGGAGAACUGGUCGCAAGACAUACGAUAUCUUAAUAGUAUAUAUGAUGGUUUUUACAGGUUUACACCUAUAGUUUAUUCCGGGAGGGGUAAUUUGUUCCUGGUAAAGGGAGGGGGGGGGGUAAAAAUUUGAAAAAGAGAAAAAAUUAAGGGUGGAGGGGGUGGAGGGGUGAAUUUCAUUUUAGGAUAGCUGGGGGGAGGUAAAGCAAGUUUAAUAUAUUUGUUUUUAAAAUUUUGAAAAAAAUGAAUUUCCAAAACAAAAUUCGGCAAACAGAAGAUGUAAAAUAAGCAAAAGUAUUCAAUUACAAUGUCCGAAUUAGAAUUUCACAAAACAUGUCGCAACUUUGAAAUUUGAAUUUUCAUAGCGGCCAAAACGAAGUAAAAAAUUAGGAAGCUGUAGCGCGACUUAAAACUUAAUAAUACAAAUAAUUUAAAAAGGGUAGUAUCACUUAAUAUUAUUCAUGUCAUUAAGUGUUGGAAAGUCACAAAAAUUGUGAUUCAUAACCGACUGCACUAAAAGCUCAGUUUUAAGUGAAAGUAAUCGAUUCAGUAGCUUAAAAUUAAUUCAUGGUCGUUAAUGGCACUGUUUUGGCACAUUCUGAACAGUAAGGAAAGUUUUAGCCAAAUUUGCCUUUGUAAAGAAAGUUUUGGUCAAAUUUGUCUUUGUAAAGAAAGUUUUAGUCAAAUUUGCUUUUGUAAAGAAAGUUCAAUCAAAUUUUUGUCGAAACUCGUUGCCUUUCUUUCCCACAUAUAAAGCGGCAAAAGUUGUCGCGGCUCGAGUUUCGGCUGGGAUUAGGCGCUAGGAUUACAAGCGAAACCUGACGCUUCCCACGAUGCCAAACACGACCUGCGGCCGAAUUCCGGUGCGGAUUUCCGGAGGUCAAAUUUUGUUUGCUGGACUAGCCAACGGUCUUUGUGUGUUGUGCCUGUUUCUGCGGGUUCUCACGGAUUGGCUUUGUAUUUUUGAAGGCUAAAAUGAAAAGUGUGCAAGAACUUUCUUUACAAAACAAAGAUCAGCAAGAAUUAUUUUUACAAAAUCAGAAAUGACAAGAAUUUUCUGUACAAUACUAAAAAUGGCAAGAACUUUCUUUACAAACUGCAAAAUGGCAAGAACUUUGUUUACAGACCCUUUCUUUGUCGUAUUGUUGUUUCGUCGACUCUUUUGGUCGUAUAAAUAAACAAUUUUCCCGCGUGAAAGACCUUUGACCGGAAAGGUUACCCGCAAAAGGCCGAAAGUUAUUGUAUUCGACUGUUCGGUUCAGUUGACACAGCCUCGGAUUUCACUUUUUUCGACCGACUUCAAGGCGAGGUCGAUUUCACGCUUAAAAACGUCAAAAUUACAGGUCCAAAAGUUUCGUAUCUAAAACAAAAGGUUGCAUUGAUUUAGGCGAAAACAGAAAAUUUUGAGCUGUAAACAAAGUUUUGCCAUUUUUAAAGGUAAAAACACAAAAUUCAGUUUUUACCAAAGCUACCGUAUCAUUUUAUGAUUAAUGUUUGCCUACUAUAAGAUAAAAGAAAGGCUCGAGAAAGUUACGAAACGCAUACGGUAGACUCCACAAAGACCAACGGAAGCGGCACAAGAUACGAUUGCAUGUGUUAAUGUAAUGUCGGGAAUGUGCUUUUGACCUUUGUCUUCUUUUAUUAUACUAUGUGGAGCAAAAGUUUUUAAAAUUAAAAUAAAAAAAAUAAGUUUUUUAAAAAUUGGUUGUACUGUACAAUUAAAGUUUAACCGCACUGUAAAAUACGGUAAAAGUAAAAACAAAUACUUUUAGGUCAUUUCAACGGAAAUGUCAUCGAUGUGACGCUACCUUAACACCGUCCGACAUGGUAAUGCGAGUGAGGGACAGUUUAUACCAUCAAAGUUGUUUCUCUUGCUUUCACUGCAACCAGCAACUGUUGCCGGGCACGCAAUUUGUUGUCAAAGAUGCUGGGAAAAUUUUUUGUCCUAAUGAGUGUUUUCGGGUAAGAUAAUUUAGCCUUCUUUUAAAAAUCAUUAAUUUAAUCGCAAUUUAAAUUUUUUUAAAAAUUUUUUAAAAAUUUUAAAAAUUUUAAAUUUUAAAAAUCAUAAAAUGAACUUUCAGGCCAGUUGCAGUGAAUCAGACGACUUUUACGUAGAUCCGAAGCCAUGCAAAGCCGAAGACGACCUUAGGCCACCUUCUUUCCCCUCAAUGAAUCAGCAUACGGACUCAUUAUCAUCGACCAGUAGUACCAGUUCAGUGAACGGAUGCGCCAGAAAAUCUUCGAAUUCUAGGAAAUCACGAAAAGACAAGCCUGUAGGUUACUGUGUGGCUUUAAUCGAUAUUUAUUUGAAUUUUACCGUACAGUCGAUAUUUAUAUAUGAACUGCACUGUGCAAAGUUUUAAAAAGUUAUGCUGAUUUAUAAAAAUUGCACUGUGCAAUGAAUAAUACUUUAAAAACAUCAAAAAUGACAUUAUGAUUUAGAUUCAGCGUGUCAGGACAGUGUUAAGUGAAAAACAGCUACAAAUUUUAAAACACAUGUAUCAACUGAACCAACGACCAGACACGUCGACCAAAGAAAAGCUUGUAGCCGAAACUGGACUGUCGCAACGAGUAAUUCGAGUGUGGUUUCAAAACAAACGAUGUAAAGACAAGAAGAAACAGAAUGCGAUUAGAGAACAACAACAGCAUCAGGAAAAGGUUUGUUUUUGGAAUAUAGUUACCUAAAGAUCAAAAUUGUUACCUAAAAAUCAAAAUUCGAAAAAAAAAAUUUUUAAAUAAAAAAAUUUCAUUUAGUACUAAAAAAAACCUUGUUUGACAUUUUUAAUAAAGUUUUCUUUUUCCUGACCCCAGCAUCUUACUGUAACAUAAUUUUGGGUUUAUAAGUGGCCCCGCGAUAAUUAUUGUAUUCAAAAUAUGGGAGCUUGAUUGAGAGCUAAAUCAAUAGCUCUCGAGUCAACGAGAGUGUCAAGACUUUACAAAAGCAUUUUGUUUUUGUAAGGACAUGCACUUGUAUAUUAACAUUAACAAAAUGGAGUGUAUAGCGUUUAAAAACAAUGUUUUUAUUGAUUUUGAAAGAGUUUUUUUGGAAAAAGUAACUUUUGAUGGGUUGAUUGAAUAUUUUUAAAAAAUUUUGAAAAAUAUGCUUUCCCCUUUCUCCUUUUGCCCCCCCCCCUCAUUAAUUUUGCAAAUUACGGCCUUAAAAAUUUAAAAUUUACAGAAGGUAUAACACAACUUGCUAAAUUUAACUUUCUUUUCACUCCCAAAUGUUCUUUCACACCACAAGACAUGUAGCCGUGAGCCUACCGUAACCCCCCGAAUUGGCUCACAUUAAUCUAAUUUAUUUGCGCCCCACUCUCGGCUCAUUUCGCUAAAAUACCCCGCCCGAAGUGUAUAAUCAUGUAAAGAAAAAUGGGAAAUGCCUCAGGGGACGAACGCAUAACUAAUGCCAACCGGAUGCGAAUUGUUUUGUACUGUAGCAUCGUACUGUUUUGAUACUGAGGAGGACUUGGAAGGUAAACAUUAGUUGCACUGUGAUGUCAAACAAGGCUUGCACCGUGCAAUCAAUGCAAAGCCAAAAAGAUUUGUGAAAAAAAUUUCAUUUUCUUAGUUUUAACAGCAAAAAAAUACAGUAACCAACUCGCAAAACCGAUUACAAUAUGCCUUUUCGAAACACAAACGUUAAACUUUUCGAAUUUUGAAAAUUGAGCAAUUUUCUUCAGCUCAACCGUGAAUAAAAUUUAAUUUCCGAGGGGGGAAUUGCGUGCCUCACCUGGCCUUUGUCUUCAACAAGUCGCUUGAAUUUCGCGCACGGCAGAUGGUAACAUACGGCCAUGUCGAGAGGGAUCGUUUACAGAGUUUGUUUAAAGUCACUUUUGGCUGAGUGAAUCGGUCGAAACAGUAAGAGGAAGGUCAAUUUACAUUAAUGGUGGGCAUGGUAUGAAAGGAGGGUUAACAGUGUACUGGUUAAGGGGCAGUUUAUGUACAAAAAUUUUAAAAUAGAAAAGAAAAGUUCAACCAAACAUAGACAACAUCGUGUAAUACAAAAAAAACGGUUGAACUGAUAAAAAACGACAUAAAAUCUAAAAAAAAAUUUUUAUGAAAUUCUAAGUCACGUCAUUUUAUAGGAACAAGCUUUACAUGGAGUGAGAAUCAGUGGCGUUGGGCCAAUAAUGGCCACAUCACCGACCACGAUACUCGACAGUAAUAUGAUGCAUCCGAUCGAAAUUCAACAAUAUCAACAGUCCGCGAACUUAUGGAACAAUGGUACACCUACGCCUCCACAAGAUCCAAUGGCGUAUCAUCAAGGCAAUGUUAUGGUAAGAUUACUGUAGUUUUGGUUUUUGGGGUAGGAAUUAUUGUGGUUUUGGGUUUUGGGGUUGGUUAUCAUUUCUUUUUAUAGUACUGUUUGAUUUCCAUUUUUUACAGGAAAUUACAGGAAAAGUAUGGCGGGUUCUUUAUGUCGGCACCUAAUACUGUUUUCUUAACUGUUAUUACAAAAACUACAAAAAUUUUUGAAAACUACCGUAUCCUAUCCCAAAUUUUUGAGCCAUUGUAUUUGAUACGCGAAUAACAUGCAGCUGUGUAAAUAUUGAAAUUUUUGAACUUGUUCGCACUCUAGCUAAUCCCGUUGAACUCCUUGAAGGCCAAGCCGCGGCACACCUGGAUGCCCUCCAUAAACUGGCUUAUAUAAAUAUGAUUUGAAUAAGCGAGCCAUGUAAUAUGACAUUAAGCAAAAUUUUAAAAUUUUGAUUUUAAUUGAAAUUUUUAAAAUUUUUAAAUUUUCCACAUUUCAGGUAAACCCCUCCACAUACGAUUUGUCAUCGUUAGAGGUCGCGCCAUCAGAUUACAGUCAUUCCUUUGAGCCGUUUAACCCUCAAUUCUUGCCCAAUUCGUCGUUAUCGUCGUCGCCGGCAUGUAGCGACUAA